AUGUACAGGUCAGAGGUGGCAGAUUUAGAAUGCACAUCAUCUGUUGCAGAGAGUUCCUCUUACAACUCCCUUGAAGUCAGUUACUUUUUGGGCAAUUUCAUGUCUUACCUAGAAGACAUGUCUGUGUCCAGUUCCUCAUCAUUGGAGGAAUUAAGUGGUACUCCAUCUUCCAUCAUCGAGAAGCUCUCAAGUGAAGGCGACUAACAAGGUCAGAAAAAUACUGACCAAAUCAGUCAGUAGCUCACCCAGAUCGAGCAAGUCAGCAUCUCUCCACCAGACAGAUUCUCAAAGGUCGCCAGCAACAUCAGGCACAGAGACAUGCAUACACACGAUAACAUACACUCUAUACACACACGUACACAUGGAUUUUGUGUUGUAGAUAUGUGGUAGUGGAGUAGGGGCCUGAGGGCACACACUUAAUGUGCUGUGAAAUCUGUUAUGAAUAUAUUGUAAUGUUUUUUAAAAAUGUAUAACUGCCUUAUUUUUGCUGGACCCAAGGAAGAAUGGGGAUCCAUAAUAAAUACAAAUACAAACCAUUACCUUGAAGCAUACAGCUGCAGCUGCUUUUGAAAUGGUUGGAUCAAUUGCGAACGACAUGAAGAGCCUUUUCUCUCCCACAGUCUUCUACUACUACUCUAUGGCACGCAGACUCUAUGCUUCAAGAGUGCGAUGAGAAACUCUCCAAAGCCACUGAGGCCACACCCGAAGUAUCUGAGAAGAAGAUCUGGACAACUGUGAAGACUGUUUACUACUACAAUCUGAAGACAAAGAUGAUAAACUAUUUCACACUGGAAAAACAAGCCAAAGCAUUGAUGGCACAAGCCAAAGAAACCCUCUGCCAUAUUCUGGUUUCCAUUCAGAAAGAGCUGUCAAAAUCUGACCAAAUGGUGACAGCAGGAGAGCUUUCACAAAUAGAGAAUGUGGUUAAAAUGAUGCUGGAGGACAUUAAGAAAGUAAGCAGUGAUUGUGGUGAGGAACUGGUCUUGCGAGAGCCACAACAACCUUUUUCCUCUUUGUCAACGUUAUCAGUUAAAUUAACGUCAUUAGCCAAAUCAACAUCUUCAACCAAAUCAAGGAAGUCAGAGUGGAAAUUUGCGCUCCCUGGCACUCCCAUCCCUUCUGAAUUACCAGAGAGUACUCCUCUGCCCAUUGUGAGAUGCUCAGUCAUCGACAUGAGCAAAUCCACUAAGCAGGAAAAGUUGGUGUGUGAUGCCAGGAAGUCCAUGUCUGCUAUAGCAGAUACCAUGAAGGAAGUAUAUCCAGAGGAAGAUGGGCAGGUUACAUCUCACGUGAUCUGACAGCUGGGAUAGCUAGAUUGGAGGAGCUCAUAUCUCAGGGGAGGAUUGAUGCUCUCUCCUGUGAUCUUACUCACCAAGUCAAUCGCAUCAUUUCUGACAGCAACUUAACCCCUCUGAUUUUGACAGUGGCGGCCGGAAAAAGUGCAUCAGAUACGGUCCUUACUGAAGAGGAAGGAGGACAAGAAGGUGGGGAAGGCCACAGCUUACGAGCUGGUUCAGCUGUUUGCAGAGGAGUCUGUGAAGCACCUCUUGCUUCCUAGCCUUCAUUCUCUUCAAUGACUUUGGCUCAGGGAGUCAGUGUGUCGGCACGCAAGUCCGAAGAUAGGAUGUCAUGCACUUCUUCCACAUCAAUAUUUAGUGACACAGUUAGUGUGUUUACUAAAGUUAUGGUAAGCCAGGUCACCGACUCUGUGGUUUCUGAUACUCAAAGCAGAGGGUCAUCUCCAACCAAGAGAUCAGAAUCUCUCCUAGAUCUCUGACAGAUGUCACUGACCUUGGCAGUUUAUUGAGUGGCAAUUCUUUCCCCUCAGCUGUCUCUCUCCCGUGUCAGUGAGACCUCCGCUGUAGCACGACACAUUAGGGCCAACAUGGAUGAAGAGAAAGAGGAUACCACCAGUCAUUCUGGUCUAGCUCAGAACAUUGUUGGUGAUCAGAUUACAACCAGCCCAGAUGUUGUCAAAGAUGCCUCGUCUCCAACCUCAUCCUCUGACAACUCAGACAGUGAUGAUGACUUCACCGGCCUCAUCAGCAUGCUUGUGGUGAGACUUCUGUCUAAGAUCCAAACCCAAACUGAUCUGUACCCAUUUGAAGUUGCACGCACAUUACAAUACUUAAUCCCAAAGGUCAUGGCUGUCUUCUGUGCAAUGUCAGGCUCUUCUGAGACCCAAGCUUAUCCAGAGAACCUGAAGAUUCAUAAAAUGUACAGGGCCAUGUACAAACGUGUUGGAGGAGUUUGGCUUGGAGAAAAUCCUUCAAUUGGCCGUGUCGACUCAGGACUCAUUUGAUAGGAUUAUUGUCAAGUCCUUGAGUAAAGAACUCCUCUACAGAUAUAAUGAGGCAUCAAUGGCCGCCAGAAGAACAUCGUUCGAAGCUACCAGACCUGAGGCUCUUCCUCUGGCUGAGGAUGUGAACACAGACCUGAGGCUCUUCCUCUGGCUGAGGAUGUGAACACAGACCUGAGGCUCUUCCUCUGGCUGAGGAUGUAAAGACAGACCUGAGGCUCUUCCUCUGGCUGAGGAUGUAAAGACAGACCUGAGGCUCUUCCUCUGGCUGAGGAUGUAAAGACAGACCUGAGGCUCUUCCUCUGGCUGAGGAUGUGAAGUUCUCCUUCCUACAAAGGCUUGCCAGAAUUAUCAAUGUGAGUAAACAACUCUAUUGCGAGUGUACAACAUAUAAAAUCAGCCAUUCAUAAAUCGGUCUGGUGUGUUAGUUCUGGUUAUUAUUAUUGUUAUUAUUAUGUUGUUGUUGUUAUUGACUUAUGAGUAGUUUUUUCUCUUUCAAAACUUUCCCCUCAAAGAAGGAGAACAAGAAGGGGAAAAAAUAAGCAUUCCAAGAUGGAUUCCCACCUCUCAGAAUCCGAAGAACAGACUACUGCUGAGAAUAGCUUGGGUAAGACAUGGCAUUUUCUGUUUGAGAUAUUGGUGUACAAAUAAAUAACUCAACAAACCUUGUCUAGUCAUCUCUUAUGUAAAAGUAUUUAUAUUUUCCUAAACUCAGGUUUCUGGUUCUAAUCUAUCAAUGCAGUUUAUGUUGUAACUGAGAAUAUAAAUGAGAUGUUAGCAUAAAUUAUAACAUAAUUCUUCAAUUAAAGUGCAAAUCUGUCUUCUGUAGUGCCCAGCAUAGUGUCACGUCUGCACUUCAAGAGGAUCUUCCCUCCACAUCUCACCAGGAGAAGCCUUGCAAAAAUCCCCUUCUCAUCAGGAUGUUUUCGGUGAUCUCCAAAGGUCUGUCCAGGCCCUUCAAGUAA